AUGAGUCCUCCAAAGAAGGAUUCCUCAACGCCGAAGCGAUCGCGCAGUCUGUUGUCUCCUCUGAGGAUUCCGAGGCGAAGUCCGACGAAGGAGUCUGAAACCCCGCAAAACCCUCAAAACCCUCAAAAUCCAGAGGCUCAACCGCACGGGGAUGAGGCAGCCCAAACAUCCCACCCUACCCCAUUGGACAGCAACAUCAUGAAGUUCUUUUCCGAGCUGCUGGACUCGUCACUGACGGAAUGGCCUCUUUCAGAGGAGGCUCUGAUAUCUGCAAUGGCGCUCAGAGCAGAACAAGAAAGGUCCAAACAGCUUGAGGUGAAAAACCAGACGCUGCGUCUUUCUCUAGAUCUUGUAUCGCUCGCAAGGUCAGUAGGAGUUCCACCAGAGUUCAUCCCAAUGCUGUUUCCAUCCAACCCAAACACAGACGAAACGACUCGCGAAGCCUUGGAAUCGAUGCUGAGAAAUUAUUCACACUCACAGGCCUCACAAGCUCAACAGCCUCAGCCCCAGCCUCAGCCCCAGCCUCAACAACGCUCAAAUAUCCCACCAGCUCCACCUUUCCACAACCCUCGAAUGCACACCAGAUCUCAAACAACAUCGACAAUUCCCGAGCAAUCGCAACAGGUGUGGAAGGUGGACAUUCCCACGCAGCAAACAAGGUACCAGUUCUAUCAUUGGCCUGGUCCCUCUAGUGUUGACGAGUCUGCUGCUCAAGAGGAGGAAGAGGAGCACAGUCCGAAACGGAAACAGACACCCAGAACGUCCUCUGUUUCGUCUGUUUCUACUGCUCCACAUCCAUCGCAACCGAACCCUCAGCCAAGAUCCCCGAGGAGAAGAUCUAGCCUUCAUCGCCGAAACUUGUCUGAAGUGGUUGGAAGACCAACCGAGGGUCUCCAGCCUCAAAUACCCCAUCCUCAGCAGCUUCAUAUGCAACAGCCUCACCAGGUAUCGACGUACCGGCCGAGCAUGUAUCAGUAUUCACCGGUACCUCCACAAUAUUCGCAGCCACCCCAUUACUCCCCACCCGUUCAACAGUUUGGAACGUAUCCUCCGGUCCCCCCUCCGCUCCAGAUGGGUCAGAGCUAUGUGUUCCCACCUCCAGUUCACCAGGUCCCUCGACAGCCAAGGAGAGACAGCUGGGAAUCUCCUACGAGAAGGGAACCUCCCCCAUUGCAAUGGCGGUCUUCUGCAAACGUCCCAGCGAACGUCCCGGCAAACGUCCCGGCAAACGUGCCGGCAAACAUGCCAGCAAACGUCACUACGCCAGUUGUUGGACCAACAGAAGACACUCGCGAAAGCAAAAAUACUGGGUCUCCCACCGCUGCUACACCAACGAGAUCUGUAAAGCAAAACGUCAGUUUCAUGAUCUCGACACCGCAUAACCCGCCCAAAUGA